AUGCAGGAUCAGCGGAAGCGGGUCCAACGAGGCGGGCCGGAAUUAACUGCUUUGGCUCGUCGCGGAGAGAGUUCGGCGAGAGGGAUCGAUCUUAUGAGAGUUGAUCAAUGUGAGGAGAUCGGUGUAACCCAAGUUCCUGCUCUCUCUGGUGCUGCCUCGACGGGUGGUGUGUCCAUCGAGCAAGAGGCUAGAGUUGUUGUUGACGCUCCCCCUGUGAAACGAAAACGAGGCCGGCCUCCGAGGGCACAGGCUCAAGCGCCGCCGCAAAAUCGGCUAGUGCUGCAGCCUCCGCCUCCGCCUCCGCAGCCGCCGCGGAAGAAGGAGAAGGGAGAAGAUGUCUGCUUUAUUUGCUUCGACGGCGGAGACCUCGUUCUCUGUGAUCGCCGGAACUGUCCCAAGGCGUACCAUCCAGAUUGUAUUAAGAGAGACCUGUCAUUCUUUCAAACAAAGGCUAAAUGGGAUUGUGGUUGGCAUAUAUGCAGUACAUGCCAGAAAGGUGCCAGUAGUUACAUGUGUUAUACAUGCACUUUUUCUGUUUGUAAGCUGUGCAUUAAAGAUGCCGACUAUGUGAUCGUGAGAGGCAACAUGGGUCUUUGUGGCACGUGUAUUAAGCCUAUAAAGUUGAUCGAGAAUAUACCUCAGGGAGAUAACGAAGCUGUUCAGGUGGAUUUCGAUGACAAGGAUAGUUGGGAGUUUCUGUUCAAGAUAUAUUGGGUUUGCCUGAAAGAAGAUCUGUCUCUAACUGUCGCCGAGCUUACUGGAGCGAAUAAUCCUUGGAAGGAGGCUUCUAGCACCGCUCCUAGAGUAGAGUCACGAACUGAUCAUGCCGAUAACGUAGCUCAUUCUUCAGACAAUUCAACUUUAGUUGUAGCAGUAAAUGGAACAAGAAAAAGGAAGACCAGUGAUUCUCCCACCUUACCCAAGAAGCUGGAUGCCAAAAACUCAAGUAAUAUCAUAAAGAAGCGUCCUCGAGAUACAACCUGGGCAACAAAAGAACUCCUCGAGCUCGUGUCAUUCAUGAGAAAUGGUGAUACAUCUGUUCUUUCUCUAUUCGACGUGCAGGGUCUUCUACUUGAGUAUAUCAAGAGAAAAAAUCUUAGGGAUCCUCUUCAGAAGUCUCAGGUUAUUUGUGACCUAAUGCUUUUAAAGCUGUUUGAAAAGGACCGAGUAGGUCACUUUGAAAUGCUUAAGCUUCUCGAGUCUCAUUUCCUUAUUCAAGAGAAACCGAUGGAUAAAACAGCCAUGAAUGGUGAAACCACUCACGCUGCUCCUGCUCCUAGCCAAAUAGAGGAGGAUAGUGUUCAUGAUCCAACGGGAAGGGAUAGAAGACGGAAGACCCGCAGGAAAACUGAUGACAGAGUACAAAAUGCAAAUCUGGAUGCAUAUGCAGCCAUCGAUGUUCACAAUAUCAACCUGAUAUAUUUGAGACGUAAAUUCUUAGAGAUUCUACUUGAUGAUAUCAAAGUUCACGAGAAGGUGGUAGGAACAAUUUUGAGAAUUAAGGUAUCUGGCAGUGACCAGAAUCUGGAUAUUCACAGGCUUGUUCAAGUUGUAGGUACCUGCAAGGCAAAAGCAUCCUAUCAACUUGGUGCAAAGACUACAGAUGUUAUGCUAGAAAUACUGAAUUUGGACAAGAGAGAAGUCAUCUCGAUUGAUCAAUUAUCAGACCAGAAUGUCACAGAGGACGAGUGCAAACGGCUGCGCCAGAGCAUAAAAUGUGGCCUCAAUAAACGUUUGACUGUGGGUGACAUCUUGAAGACGGCAGCAACACUGCAAGCCGUGAGAGUCAGUGAGGCUUUGGAAGCUGAGAUAUUAAAGCUCAAUCAUCUCCGUGAUCGUGCCAAAAAGCUAGAGCUUCUAAAAUCAACUGAGGAACGCCAGAGGCUUCUGCAGGAAGUCCCAGAGGUUCAUACAGAUCCAAGCAUGGAUCCGAGUCAGGCAUCAUCAGAAGAUGCAGGGUUGGGUGCAAGGAAACAAGAUAAUCAUAUAACGGCUAAAAGUAAAGGUCCGCAGAAAAAAGGGGAUCUCUUGAACAACUUGGGAAAUAAUGUGCAGAAAAAAUUUGAUGCACCAAUUUUGCGAAGUAGAAAUGUUGUUCAUGCUGAUAAAGAUGAUUGUUCCAAGGCCCCCAGCAACUCAUCAGAUAUCCAGGAAACUGGUAAAGAUGACGAGGAUAGUGAAAUAUGGCAUUAUCGAGAUCCAACGGGAAAGAUCCAGGGACCGUUUUCUAUGGUGCAGCUCCGUAGAUGGAAAUCUAGUGGCCAUUUUCCCCCUUAUCUUAAGAUCUGGAAAGCGCAUGAGAAUCAAGAUGAGUCUGUGCUUCUGAUUGACGCGCUUGCCGGACGGUUUGAUAAAGCAACUACUAUACCAAGUUCCUCUUCUCUUCCGCAACAACUAAAAUCGACUCCGCACGACUCUGGACGCACUGGUGUGGAUGGGAACUGUCUUCAGAAGAACCCUACACCAGUCAACACUAGUGUAACCUCCUCUCCGUCCUCUACUGUCGGUGUCCUUGCUAACGAUCCAAAAGCGAAACAAGUUGAGGCUCUUGUACCUAGCUCUGGGAAAGUUGAGGAUAGUAAUUCUGUUCAUCCCCAGCCUCAAGUUAGUUGUCCGGCGUCAACAUCUGUGGUUCCAGCACUUGUGGUUACUCCUGGCGUAAGAGAAAAUCCAGAAACUGAUCAAUCCAAUGCUGUGCGGGCAGAUGGUAACCAUAGCACAAUUAACACUGUGGAGGAUGGAACAAAUGCUGCUGGUUCUGUUUCCAUAAACGGUUCUGUUCAUGCACCCAACCUGAAUCAAGAAGUUCAUUUCCCUGAUUUCCCCAGUCCUACGCCUAGGUCGAGCCCUGAAGACGUGGAUGCUGAAGCUGCGGAGACUAUUCAGUCUCUGUCUUGUGUUGUGGUCAAAGGACCAUCUGGUGUCACAUGGAGCACCAUUAACACCGCAACCACCGAUGCUGCUACUACCACUUCAAGUGUUGUGGUCACUGGAGGACAACUUCCUCAAGUAACUCAGCAGAAUGCUGUAUUUUUAGCUGCUCCUUCUGUGAGGCCAAUUGAUUUGCCAGUUGAUCAUACCACAACUACUCAGACUUCAGAAAACAUAGCUCACUCAUCUGGGUGGCCGGCCAUUGUGGCUGACCCCGACGAGUGUGAUGAAUCAGUUUCAGAUCUAUUAGCCGAAGUUGAAGCAAUGGAGCAGAACGGUUUGCCCUCGUCACCAACCUCAACAUUUCACUGCGAUGACGAUGAUGACUUGACAAAAGGGCCAGAAAAAGAUUUCUUUAACCCCGUGGCACGCAUGUCCCUCACACCUGAAACAUGUAGAAUGGAUGUCUCUCAGGUUAGUAUUCUCGACAAUGCCUCUGCUGGUAAAAGUUCAAUGGGCACAGAAGCAAAAGACAACACUCCCUUCAGCCACUGCGGAAGCGCUGGUACAGAGCUCCUGCUCUGCGCACCACCAGCACCGGCGCCAGCUUCAAUAAGUCAUGACCUGACUUUAACGACAACGGCUCUCAGACUGGGAUCAGAAACCACAGUCGAAGCUGGAUCGGUCGAGAGGCUUCCCAAGUCUUUUUCUGGAGUAGGUUUGGAACCGAGCCCUAGGUCAGCAUCAUCUCAUGAGUUAGCCCGUGGAAACACGGAGCGCAGUCCAAGAGGAAGUCAGCAAAGGAGAACUGGUGGGCACGGCAGAGACCGGCAAUGGUGGAACAACAACGGUCACAGCAGUAGCUUCAACAACAGCCAUAAUAAUCGGCAAUGGCCACACAGCAGCAACCAUGGGUAUGACCAUGAAUCAGGUUCGUAUGCAGCUCAUCCGCCCAAAGGACUGAAAAUCUGUAAGUUCUAUGAGAGUGGAUACUGCAAAAGAGGUGCGUCUUGUAGUUUUUGGCACCCUUGA